GGUCGCUGAAGGGACACACACCCGGGGAACUACGUGUAACAGGCAGUGGGGACGGGGCACAGGUCGUUGAGGGUGGCUUACGGGAGACACUAAAGUUGCGCCUCGGGCCUGGGAGCGGACGUUUUCCCGCUCCGCACGCCCAGCAGCCGCAGGAGGGGCGGCCCGAGGCCCGGCUCAGGGCAGCCGGAGGCGGGACGAGAGCGCGGCGGUGCGGUGACACCACCGGCUCCCAGGGUCCCAGACUCGGCGGCCCCGCCCCCGAGCGCAGCGCCGCCGCCCGCGCGCCAACGAAAGGAGACAGGCCGCGCGCCCGGCGCAGCCCCACAUUCUUGCUGGCUGCAAGGCGCGCAGCCUGGCCGACGGUACCGGAACCUCCCGGGCGCGCGCGGGAGACCUCGGCAUCACCUCGCGUUACCCCGCCCCGCCUGCUUCCCAGAGUCCCGCGCCCCGCCCCGCGCGCAGGCGCAUGGCGGCCUCUCGGGUCCGCCCUUUUUCGAGAUUUGAAUUUCCCCCAGCAAAGAGAGGCAAAAUACCCGGAUGGCGGUCGCUGGCCUUUUCGCGCCAAUAUUGUAAGUUCUCGCAACAGCCUUGAGAGGGCCUAAACUAUAGGAUGGAAGAUGAACGUCGUGCCUUAAAAAAAACGGUGCUCGGUGGUCUACACAUAUAAGAAGUCAUUUGAUGCACACAACUCUGCAGGAAGGUCCUGGUGGCAUCCCCAUUCUACAGAAAAAGGCAGAACGCCCCUUCAUUACCACCAGCCAGUUGGCAGGAGCACUGCCUUCCUCUGGCCUGCCACCACCGUUCCCAGGCGGGGUCGCAGCCUCUGCAGCGGAAAUCCUGGGGACUUCGUCCUGCUGGCUCAGCUGGGGGGCCGAGGAGUGUUUUGCAAAAGCUGUUUAUCUAAAUUCCAAAGUAACAGUGGAGGCUGCCUCUCUUUUAAGCUCUUCUCCUUGACUCCCACCUACGGUUGCAGAUGAAGCCUGAGUCAAGGCAGGCCCUCUUCCACGUGGCUGUGGCCAGCAGCCUCUGUGUGACCACUGUCUACACAGGUGUUUUUGAAGGUGUCGUCAUCCAGGUGGGCUACGAGCACUAUGCUGAAGCAGCGGUAGCCAGCCUCCCCACCUUUCUAGCCAUGCCCUUCAACUCGCUCAUUAACUUGGCCUACAUGCUCCUGGGAGGGUACUGGCUGCGGAGGAAGGCCAGUGCCCCAGGGCACCCCGCAGCUGUGCAGAGGGCUCAGUACCUGAAGGAUGUCUUCGCUGCCAUGGCUCUGGUCUAUGGCCCCGUUCAGUGGCUGCGCAUUGGGGUGCAGACGCACUCUGCUGCUGUGCUGGACCAGUGGCUCACCUUGCCCAUCUUCGCGUGGCCAGUGGCCUGGUGCCUCUACCUAGACAGGGGCUGGAAGCCCUGGCUGUUCCUCACCGUGGAGUGCCUCUCCCUGUGCAGUUACAGCCUUGCCUUGCUGCACCCCUAUGGGUUUGAAGUUGUGCUGGGCAUGCACAUGGCAGCCGCAGUGAGCCUAGCCCUCCGUGCCCACAGGCGCUAUGGCAGUGGCUCCUCAGGAAUGUACUUGGCUUUGGGCAUGCUUUCCUGCCUGGGCUUUGUGGUCCUCAAGCUGUGUGACCAUCAGCUUGCGAGAUGGCAUCUCUUCCAGUGGCUCACCGGCCACUUCUGGUCCAAAGUCUGUGAUGUGCUCCAGUUCCACUUUGCAUUCUUAUUUCUGACAAAUGUCCACACUUGCCAAAGACGCGCUCCUGAGGGGAAGAUGCAUUAAACUGAAAAGAAGCUACCUAGAAAGAGUGGCCCCCACCCUGCGACAUCAAAAUGGACUAUCAGAUGACAUUCUGUCAUCGGUGUUACAUUUAAGAUUUAUGAUGAUGAUAUGAUGGUUACAUGGAAGAUUGUCCUCUGAAGUUAUAAGCUACAGAAUUUAGGGGUGAAAUGUUGUGCUCUAUGCAACUUGCUUUCAAAGAGAGUAAGCAAAUAUCUAGGUGCAAGGGAGGUGCUGGUGCCUUGUACUCUUAUAACCUUUCUGUAGUUUUCAGUUUUUCAGAAUAAAAUGUUGGGGGGAAACGACCCCAAGAAAUCCA